GUCAUCAGCCGUAGUUCCAAGUCUAUUUUACCAUUUGAAUAGGUUAGGAAUCAAACGGAAAUCAACGGAAGGCAAAGCCAAUCCACGGGGACGUUGAUCGGAAAGUAACUAGGCAUUCUUACGAAGUACGAAUGUUCAACGUGUCAGUUCAACGUGUAAAAAAUUCCGGGAAAGAAAAAUGUAGCUUAUGAAAAAGUACCUACAAGUUGUCUGAAAAAAGUUGGAAGGACCUUAGCAACAUGAACAAGACUUCGCAAAGAACUGGGCAAACGUUGAAGUACGUGAGCCUGGUUACUCUGACACUUCAAAAUGCCAUGGUUGGCCUCAGCAUGCGAUACUCGCGUACCAGAGCAGGGGAUAUGUUCCUCUCUUCCACUGCUGUCGUGAUGGCUGAAGCAGUCAAGUUGCUUACUUGCCUUGUAUUGGUGUACGUCGAAGAAGGAAACUUUGAGAAAUUUUACAAAGCAUUACACACGACAAUCGUGAAGCAGCCUAUCGACACCUUGAAAGUCUGCGUGCCAUCCCUGCUGUAUAUUAUUCAGAACAAUUUACUUUAUGUCUCCGCGUCCAAUCUGGAUGCGGCUACGCAUCAGGUUACGUAUCAGUUGAAAAUUUUGACGACCGCCUUCUUCGCGGUGACGAUACUACGAAGAUCCCUACACUCUACUCAGUGGGGCGCUCUCGUGCUCCUGGUCGUAGGGGUGGUCCUGGUGCAGUUGGCGCAGAGCAUGAAGGCGCCGCUGCCCUCGGGCAUUGAACAAAACCACUGGUUGGGCUUCUCCGCCGCUCUGAGCGCAUGUUUCCUGUCCGGUUUCGCGGGAAUUUACUUUGAGAAGAUACUCAAGGGCUCUGACAUCUCCGUGUGGAUGCGAAACGUGCAGCUGAGCGUGCUGUCCAUACCGUUCGGCCUAGGCACGUGCUUCCUACACGACGGCAGCGUCAUACGCAAGCAGGGCUUCUUCUUCGGUUACGACCUGUUCAUUUGCUACCUGGUAGUCCUGCAAGCGGGCGGCGGGCUGAUCGUGGCCAUGGUGGUCAAAUACGCUGACAACAUACUGAAAGGAUUUGCCACAUCCCUGGCAAUCAUAAUCUCCUGCAUAGCCUCCGUUUACCUAUUCGACUUUCAUCUAUCGUUCCAGUUCACUCUAGGCGCGUUCCUCGUAAUCUGCUCCAUUUUCCUCUACAGCCAUCAGCCGAAGACCGUGUCCCUCGAUAAGCAUACGUCUGCUGAGAAAGUCUGAUAGUGGUGGAAAUACGGGAGUAUUUUCAGCGUUCAACGAGGUAAUACUUCUUAAGUUUUCCACGAAUUCUUAUUAAACAAUAUUACAUUGAUGAUACGGACUUUUUUAAAGACUUGUCAAGAGUAGAUGCAAUUUAAAUAUUAACAAAGAUAAUGCAUUUAAAUAGAAAGAAGUUAUAUUUAUAGAGAUUUAGCAAAUGCUAUUUUUGAAAAAAAAAUCUGCGAGAUCGAUGGUAAGUCUUCUAAAAAGGAACAAGAGAAUUGUUGCGUUGUACAUACGAAAGAGUCACGAGUGCAAUCAUGUUUUUAUAUCCGACUCUGGUUCUGAAUUGUCUUGUGAUAAUCGAGAUCAAGAAGCUAAGAAACAAAACAUAUAGUGACACUAGAUCGAAAUUACGCACCGUAAUGGUUUGAUCUGUUCGUUGUAGAUAUAAACGACACUAUUUCGAACUUAUUUUUAUAUAGCUGCAAAACGCAUUUCCAUACGUUCGAUCAAAAGUGUAUCGAUAGGCCAGUAAGUUACUAUACUCGCACUAUGUACUUAAUUUAAUUAGAUUUUAAUAAAAUACAGUUUUUACGAUAAUUUUUCCGU